AUGGUCCAACGAUUAACUUAUCGUCGUCGUUUAUCUUACAACACCAAAUCCAAUCGGGUUCGAGUUGUCAAAACACCCGGCGGUAAAUUAACAUUUCAAUAUGUUAAAAAGCGAGGAACAGUCCCUAAAUGUGGUGAUUGUAAAGUUGAAUUGCCAGGCAUCAAAGCAUCUCGUCCAAAGGAACGUAUGGCAAUGACAAAACGCUUGAAAACUGUUUCACGUACCUAUGGUGGAUCACGAUGUGCCAAAUGCGUUCGACUUCGUAUUGUCCGAGCUUUUCUCAUUGAAGAACAACGUAUCGUUGCUAUGGUUAUGAAAUCGAAAAAAGGAACUGGUGCAACUGAAACCGCCGCACCGGCACCAGCCACAAGCCAAAAAUCGAAAUAA